GUGGAGACAAUUGGAGAUGCCUAUAUGGUAGUAGGUGGAGUUCCUGUCCCUGUAUCCACUCACGCUGAGCGAGUUGCUAACUUUGCCUUGGGGAUGAUAAUAGCAGCUAAAGGAGUACAGAACCCAGUUUCUGGAAAUCCUAUCCAAAUUAGAGUUGGGAUCCAUACAGGUCCUGUCUUGGCUGGAGUUGUUGGAGAAAAGAUGCCUCGUUAUUGCUUGUUUGGAGACACGGUGAAUAUAGCUUCCCGGAUGGAGAGCCAUGGUGUCCCAAGUAAAAUUCAUCUAAGCUCCAGUGCCUAUCAAUGCCUAAAAUACAAGAAUUUUGAGAUCAUCGAAAGAGGAGAAAUAGAAGUAAAAGGCAAAGGGAAAAUGCAUACAUACUUCCUCAUUAGAAAUAAAACUGCAACUGAGAAUGAGAUCAUGGGAAGGCCAAUAAAAGACUUAGAUUCUGGACAUGAAUCUGUUCAAUCAUUUCAAGAAGGCAGGACUGAAACAAUACCAAAUUGUUAUCAGCCAGUUACUCAGACUCAGCCAGAGAAGGACCAGACCCCAGCCAUUGCAAUGAAGUAUAUUGAUGGCCCCACAGAUGCACAAAGCAGCCUCAAAAGAAGAAACCAAGCAAAAAUUGCAGAUUUAACAGGCAAAACUUACCAUUUCAAAACUGAUGGGAGUCUCCAUGGCAACCAGCAUGCAGAUGAUGGGACUUGUCCUCUAAACCAGGAAAGAGUCAAACCUCAUACUGAAGACCCACGGAUUAGAAAUGUUCGCUCUAAUUUUUGCACUUUGCUCUAA